AUGAAGCAUAUGCAAUAAAGAAUCAAACUUUGGUCUAAUUCUCAGAUAUCAAUAAAUUCUUGUAUAAAAAAUCAAAAAUAUUAAAUGCAAGAAAAUUAUAAUAUUGGAAGCCAUUUGCUAGAAAAUUUUUUAGAAUACAAACUAGAAUAUAUUAAUAUUCUAAAUGAAUCAAUUUAUGCAAAAUAAAAAUUUCAAUUUCAUUAAAUUCCACCAUUAAAGGAUAUUUUGAAUUAAAGAGAAAAGAUUUAUUUUGUAAUAUUUGAGUUUUCAAAUGAUUAAAAUUGA